AUAACACAUAAAUUUUGGUUAUUCGCUUGGAUUUGAUUUAUGUGGCGAAUUGCCAUGUGUCCAACGUUUUAAGGCAUUUGCCACAUCGUGUGGGAGCGGUGUUACUGUGAAAUUGAAAUCGUAGAAAACAACACAAAAGUCAAAUUAGGUAUAUAAAAACGUAUUCAGAAAUUUCUCAAAAGUUGUUUAAAUUCCGGCAAUAUUUUUAUUAUCUUCCGUUUUUAUUUAAUAAUUUGGCCUAAUGACUACACCACAUAACAGCAAAGGACUAAUAUUUUCUCGCAGAAAAGACAUGACAUAAUCCUGAACAAAUAUCGACUUUCUUACCAAUCAAUAAAUACAUUCAUCCGCAAAUGAAGGUUCAAAAUGAUAUUUGUGCACAAGUAGUAUGCCAAAACUUCGAAAUCGUAAUUUAACUGGAUUACCGUCCAAUGUGUCCAAUAAAAACGUGACUGAUCACGUAAAAUGCUUAGCAAGCGGUGCCAUCAGCAGAAUUGGCAACGAUUAUCAAAAUGUUGAAAGGACACCCAGGAUAACUCCUACAUUUACCUCGGACAGCGAUGUGGAUAGUAUUUCGUUAGAAUUGAGCAAAUUGGGCGGGUUAAGUUCCUCCAGUUCACUGAGUUGGAGUGAUGAAUACGAUUCUGAUAUGUCCAAGAAAAUCCAGGAGGAGCUAGAAUUGAUGAACAGGAUGCUACAAGGCAAAGAAGAGAUUCCUGCACGUUAUGACAAAAAGGAGUUUCGCCAAUGGAUGACUACUUUUCCAAAUUUAAGCAUUUUUUAUUCUCACUUGACUCCAGUAAACUCCACCGAAAAUUUAACCAGUAGGUUGUUUGAAGAGCAAAAUGAUAAGUUUGAGGACCUGCAAGUUAUGGGCUGCAAAUCUCGUACUUACCUGAAAGGCUGUGAUAAGGUGAACUCUGCAAAGCACAUUCCCAACCAAUCUGUGAUAGAUUUGAUUGAUGUAAGAAAUAACCAAAGAAGUGCAAAUAGAAGUAGAUUAAAGGAUGAGGAAAUUAGAACUCCUAGGAGUAGGAACAGUUUUACUUUCUCAAGUAAACCAAAAUCUUUUGACAUGGAUAAAUACCUAAAGGUAUUGCCAAUAAGAAAACCAUCUUCACAGUCUUUACUGGAAAGGCUGAUGCCUAGAGAGUUAUCAGAUUCCCCACCAGAAUUCAGCAGCCUACCUUUUAUAGAGGUGAUACAUAGUCCUCUAAAGUCAUCUAGCAAAACAAGAAAGCAGAGACAUUUACAAGUAUCAGGGAGGAAUAACAGCAGGAUAGUUCUUCCACCAAUAAACAGCCAAUUUAGAUCUGUUUCUGCAGCACCAAAAAAAGCUUCCAAGACAUUGUCUGCACUGUCUAUAUCAAAUAUCACUGAAAGGAAUAAGAGAUCAAUGGAUUGCUUUCCAGAAGAUUCUAUUGGUGUUGUGAAUGAGAGCACCUUAAUUGUAAAAUAAAUGUUGUUUACAUAUACAAUGAAGUUUGAAAUAAUUGCCUUGUGGGGAGCGGCACUUUUUCCAAGUAAGGAGCAUGUAGUGCCUACAAUUUUUAUAACCAACUUUUCGAGGUAUUCAAAAUAUCGACCGCUUAUACAUUAAAAACUCGCCGCGCAUGUACGAGUCCCUUCCCACUUCAGUUGGCUCACUUCAAGAUUUGUACCAAAAUAUGCCUUUAUAAACUAAACAUGACGAAACUAUUUACUUCUAAAAC